AUGGACGGGAAAAGACAUCCCAGUUCCUUCCAGCAGCUGGAGAAGCUCGGUGAAGGAACCUACGCCACGGUCUUUAAAGGUCGGAAUAGGCAGACCGGCGAACUCGUCGCCCUCAAGGAAAUCCACCUCGACUCGGAAGAGGGCACCCCCUCCACCGCCAUUCGCGAAAUCUCUCUUAUGAAGGAGCUCAAGCAUGAGAACAUUGUCGCCCUCCACGAUGUCAUCCACACCGAGAACAAGCUCAUGCUCGUCUUCGAGCACAUGGACGGAGAUCUUAAGAAGUACAUGGACACCAACGGCGACCGCGGCGCCCUCAAGCCCAUGACCAUCAAGUCAUUCAUGUACCAGCUCCUCAAGGGCAUCGAUUUCUGCCACCAGAAUAGGGUUCUUCACCGAGAUCUCAAGCCGCAGAACCUGCUCAUCAACAGCAAGGGUCAGCUUAAGCUCGGCGAUUUUGGUCUCGCCCGCGCCUUCGGUAUCCCAGUUAACACCUUCUCUAACGAGGUCGUCACUCUUUGGUAUAGGGCCCCAGAUGUUCUCCUGGGAAGCCGCACCUACAACACGAGCAUCGACAUCUGGUCUGCGGGUUGUAUCAUGGCGGAGAUGUAUACGGGUAGGCCCCUCUUCCCGGGUACCACCAACGAGGAUCAGAUAGUGAGGAUCUUUCGGAUCAUGGGUACCCCAACGGAGAGGACCUGGCCCGGCAUCACGCAGUUCCCCGAGUACAAGCCCAACUUUCAGAUGUACGCUACCCAGGACCUGCGUCAGAUUUUGCCCCAGAUCGACCCCGAUGGCAUCGACCUUCUCCAGCGCAUGCUCCAGUUGCGCCCCGAGUUCCGCAUCAGUGCUCAUGAUGCUCUGAAGCACCGUUGGUUUAAUGAUUUGAUUCUUCAGCACCAUCAACAGCAGCAGGCUGCUGCGGCUAUGCAGGCGCAGUCAAGAGGUUAUCCCCAGCAGGUUCCAGCCCAGGCGCCGCCAUAUGAUAGUUACUAA